AUGUCUGGGAAGGAUGCGAAGAUUCUUAGCCAUGAAGCCAUGAAUGGUGACCAAUUGCAAGAUUUCCUCACAGAUUUAUCAAGAACAACGAUUCGCCUAAGUGGACGCGAUGAUGUGGAAGUCACGAAGAAGUUCCUGGCGAAAUGGGCACAAAAUACGAUGUUGUGUGCAAAUUACAUCACUGUGAACUACAGGGAUGUGGACUUAGUUCAACCUCUAUUUGCGCAAAUUCUGGCUUUGUAUUAUAAAGGAGGUGUUCUUCGACAAUAUGCGUUACAAUUCAUACCGUCUUUCAUCGGCACAUAUCUUUACGCACUUUCAAAAAAGCAACAGAAGAGUGUUGCUGUUUUUGAAAUCUUCUUUCUUGCUGUGUAUAACGAAGAAAUCCUGGAAAACACCCCAAAUUCCGAGAAAAUAAUUAAAAAGGUAGAGGAAGUACGUAUUCCGUCAAUUCGCUAUCCCAGCAUAUAUCAUGAUCCCACGAAGAUCAGCGCCGUACCAGAGGUAGUCGUGAUGAAGCCGGGGAAUUCGCCUUCUGUUUUGACCACCGUUAGAAUUGGUCCUUAUCCAACUAUUGAAGAAUUCAAUUCCGAAUCGAAGUUCCUCAUUUUGACAAGAAUUUUGAAGGCGGUUAAUGGAAGUUUGGCAUAUCUCUCAUCUGAUGUGGUCUCAAGACAUAUCUGCCUGGCUGCACUCUCAAUAUGUGAGAGUGGGUUCACGUUCCCCGAAACGAAUUUCGUCAGUAAAGUUAUGGGUUCGGAACAUUCAUUCGAAGUUCUCGAAGACUACUCUAAGAAACCUCGUCAACAUGUGAACUCUGCUCUACUUUUGGAGUUGCUCACCGGUGUUUACAUGGCGUUGUAUAAUGGCGCUCCAGAUCUUGCAUUACGAGCAAUUGACGCAAUGCACCAACGGGCACAAUAUGAAAUCCUUGCUGAUGUAAUUUUGGUUACGAGCGCUGUACGCAAUUCAUUACUGGAGAAUCCGCUUUCAAAAGAAAAGCGUGAUGAGUUGAUGUGGGGAAGAAACCAUACCAUGGAAAAGCGUCGUAAAGGUUUGGUGACGUCUGCAAGUUUACGAAUGCGAAAAAUGCCGGAAGAUAUCCCAAUUCAACCAGAGUUAAAGGAGAAAGAGCAUUCCAUACUAGAGGAAGGAAUGGAUAACCUGAAACGAAGGGUGUCUGCACUUGGCCUGCAUCACAAAAUUCAACGGCGACGUAAAAGCUCUGUGGACGAUGAGGUAGAGCUGCAAACAAUACGCGAAGAAAAGAGCUUUGAUGUUGGGGAUGGUCAUCAACGUAUGGAAGAGGUUAUAGAAUCACCACGACGCAGAAGCGUCUCCGAAGAACUCGCCAGACAUCGACAUAGCAUCCCUGAAAAUGUAGUGCUGAUCAACUAUCGGCCAAAGUCGAGCGAUGAAGAGAAGAUUCUGGAUGACAAUAGGAACGGAGUGCCAGAUGAACUGGAUUAUCGAAGGGAGAGUUUGCCGUCUGUUGAGAGACCAAGUGAGCUUCGUGGUGAGCACUGUGUUUCGUCCUCAGAGGACUCGGGCGCAUAUACAGUGUGCGGACUACGUCACAUGGAUAGUGGAAGCAGCACGCAGAGAAGUUUUGAUUUUUAA